CUGCUGUAGCUGUCUAUCUUGACGGUGUUGAUGAUGCUGAGGAGAGCAUCCUUCUCUGCGGCUCUCCUCCGCCCCAGGCCCCGUGUUCAGGCUGAUGUGAUGAAAUCCUGUUAUUUCCAUCACCGUUACCGUAUAUUACCGUGAGUCCAGGCUAUUCCCGGUGGUCUCCGGGUCUUCAGAGCCGCUCAGCCAUGGUGGAUUUGAUCGAAUGCGGCGCUGUGUCACCCGGACACGGCAGACACGGACCGGGCUCCGGCUGCGGCAACAACGGCAGGAAAACGUCGAAAAAGUCGCGUACGAGACGGGGAAAGCGUGGGAGGAGAAGACGCAAUAAAAAGAACAACAGGAACAACAAAACACCACCGCCGUAUUUACCUCCGGAGGCUGAAGAAGGAAACAUCGAGUACAAGCUGAAGCUUGUGAACCCCACCCAGUAUCGUUUCGAACAUCUGGCCACGCAGUUGAAGUGGCGUCUGCAGGAGGGUCGCGGCGAGGCCGUCUACCAGAUCGGCGUGGAGGACAAUGGCCUCCUGGUCGGCUUGACCGAGGCUGACAUGAGGGCCUCUCUCAAGACCUUGAAGAGGAUGGCGGAGAAAGUGGGGGCUGACAUCACUCUGCUCAGAGAGCGGGAGGUGGACUACGACUUAGACAGAAACACCCGCAAAAUCGCAGAAGUCCUGGUCCGGAAAGUUCCAGAUGAUCAGCAGUUCCUGGACCUGCGAGUGGCCGUUCUAGGGAAUGUGGACUCGGGGAAGUCCACCCUGCUGGGUGUCCUGACGCAGGGUGAGCUGGACAAUGGCCGAGGCAGAGCCCGACUCAACCUGUUCAGACAUCUGCACGAGAUCCAGACCGGACGCACCUCCAGCAUCAGCUUCGAGAUCCUGGGCUUCAACAGUAAAGGCGAGGUUGUGAACUACAGCGAGUCCCGGACGGCGGAGGAGAUCUGCGAGAGCUCCUCCAAGAUGAUCACCUUCAUCGACCUCGCCGGACACCAUAAGUACCUGAAGACCACCAUCUUUGGCCUCACCAGCUACUGCCCUGACUUCGCCAUGUUGGUGGUGAGCGCCAACACCGGCAUCGCUGGUACGACACGGGAGCACCUGGGCCUGGCCAUGGCGCUGAAAGUUCCCAUCUUCAUUGUGGUCAGUAAAGUGGACCUGUGUUCCCGUGGAACCGUGGAGCGAACAGUCCGACAGCUAGAACGGGUCCUGAAGCAGCCGGGCUGCAACAAGGUCCCCAUGGUGGUGUCGAACCCGGACGAUGCCGUGACGGCCGCACAGCAGUUCACCCAGAGUGCAUGCAUCACACCCAUCUUCACCCUGUCCAGUGUUUCUGGGGAGAGUCUGGACCUGCUGAAGGUUUUCUUAAACAUCCUUCCUCCUCUCAGCAACAGUAAAGAGCAGGAGGAGCUGAUGCAGCAGCUCACUGAGUUCCAGGUGGAUGAGAUCUACUCAGUCCCUGAUGUCGGAACGGUGGUUGGAGGAACUCUGUACAGCGGAGUGUGUCGGGAAGGCGAGCGGCUGGUGGUGGGUCCGACCGACGAGGGCCGGUUUCUGCGUUUGAAGGUGGGCAGUAUCCAAAGGAACCGCUCGGCCUGCAGGGUCCUGAGGGCUGGGCAGGCCGCCACGCUGGCUCUCGGAAACUUCGACCGCUCUCUGCUGCGCAAGGGCAUGGUGAUGGUCAGUCCCAAGAUGAACCCGACCAUCUGCUGCCAGUUUGAAGCCGCCAUCGUCCUGCUCUUCCACGCAAAGACCUUCCGCCGGGGAUCACAGGUCACCGUGCACGUGGGCAAUGUGCGGCAGACAGCGACCGUGGAUGAUCUUCAUGGCAAGGAUGAGCUGCGAACGGGGGAACGCGCCGUUGUCCGCUUCCGCUUCAUCAAACACCCCGAGUACCUGCGACUGGGCGCCAAGCUGCUGUUCAGGGAGGGGGUCACCAAAGGCAUCGGCCAUGUCACCCGCCUGCUGCCCCCCUCCCAGAACCAAGACCAGAACCAGAACAAGAACCAGGACCAGAACCAGAGCCAGGACCAGAACCUGCAGGAGCAGUAGAUGGACAGAUGUGGAGCCCUGUGAGAACUCUGGACCCCUUCAAUCGGGGGGUUAAUCCGCCACCGCCAUCAUCUUCAUCUUGUGCCACUCUCCUUUGGUGUUAAAGCGGGUUAAUCCGAAGUCGUGUCAUAGAUUGAUUUAAGAGGCUGAUUCUUCUUCUGUCAUGAGACGCACAUGGAUUAUGCUGGAUUUUAGGAAUGCUUCCAAACGGCAUCUGGUCUUGAUGCAGAUUCACAUGAGGAAAACCUGCAGAUCUUGAAGUGGUUCAGCAUCAUUAAGGAUUUUCCUUAAACACUCUGGUGCUGCUGCUGUUUCUGUUUUAGAAGUAAUUCAUGUUCUUGAAUCAGCGUCGAGUGACUGGAACAAAUGUAUGAAGGUCUGAGCUGCUUCACCGACACAUGAACAUGAUGAUUGUUUACAAUCAAUACAACCUUUAUUUAAUGUCAGUAUCCCAACACAGAAAUGGCUGUUUUCAUGUAACAGCUCAUAACGUGAAAACAUCAGGCCAAUUAGUGGAUAAAAGGAGAUCAUUUAUCAUGAGAACACUGAUUAUAGAUACGGUUUGAUUUCUGAUUAAAUGUAACACUAAUCAUCACCAGAAACAAACAGAACUUAAGUACAAAUACAGUAGAGGACAAAAGUAUUCAGACACCCUUUAAAUUUGACACAAUCUCAAAUAUCAUCAUGAAAUAUUGAUAUGAAAUAUGAUACUUUUAUGUGUUUCUAAAGAUGUGUGUGUGACACAAACAAAUGACAAUGACUUUAACAAGUAAAUAUAACCAAACUAAAUCAUGGUCAGUUUCAUCAUAUCAUGUGCUAGAUGUGUUUCAUUAUCUGAAACAUCCAGUUUUGACCUGAAUGGAACUGAGCAUGUGCAGAAGGGAGCAUGUGACUGGAGAAUGGAACGAUACUUGGCAAAAUUCAAUGAGUUAACACAUGGGGUGAACAAAAACUCAUGUCCACCACUGUAUGAGGUGUUUGUACUUCACUGGAGUAUUUACUGCGCCACAUCUCAGAAACAUACUGUUCUUUUUAUUCCAGUUGUUCCGUUUCUGUUUAAUGAAAACCAUGAAUCUCCAAAAACGCUGCAUGUUUGUCAUAACUGAAGGAUGAAGAGUUGAAUUUCAAACCCUCCUUUUUAAUAAAUACUGAUAAACUGAAUAAAAUAUCACUGGUCUGUAAUAUUUAAGAAAUGAUCAGCCUCAGAUUAAAUGUGUUAAAUCUUACAUUAAUAAGAUGAAUUCAAACAAAUGACAAAAAGU